AUGUUAUUAUUUGAAAUCGAGUCAUUGAAAUUGAAACCAGGUCCGCUACGAUAUCGUUUAAAUUUCACUUCAUUUAUAUUUGAAUGUAUCAGUUAUGGCAUAAUAUCGUUAUUUCUAAUUGAAAUACCAAUUAAAUUAUGGACAUUUGGUAUAAAAUUUUAUCGUUAUCAAUGGAUUGAAUUAUUAGAUGUAUUUGUAUGUAUCGUAAGUUUUUCAGUCGAUACAUAUAAUAUACAUCGACAUGUAGCAGAAACUAAAACAAAUGAUGAACAUGAUCAUAGAUUGACUAUUGAACAAUCCAAUGAAACUGUUGAACAGUCAAUUCAAACAACUAUAGCUGAUGCAGCAGGAUUAUUAGUGUUGUUUCGUCUUUGGCGUGUUAUACGUAUUAUUAAUU